UGAGCCGAGCCCGGGGCCGCGAAGGCGGAGGACUCCUUUCUGUGGCGGAGGGAUCCGUGGCGGAGGCGGCACGGCCGUAGCCGCUGCCUGAGAGUUGUUGUUUCCUCCUCCUCCGCCUCCACCGCCGUUGCUUGAAUGGUGGAGCCGAGGUUCGGCUCGUGAAUACACACUGACAGCUAUAGGGCAGGCGGCGGCACCAUCCCCGCUUCCCCUCGGCGGCGGGGUGUCCCGCCAGCGGCCCUGAAGUGACCCAUAAACAUGUCUUGUGAGAGGAAAGGCCUCUCGGAGCUGCGAUCGGAGCUCUACUUCCUCAUCGCCCGGUUCCUGGAAGAUGGACCCUGUCAGCAGGCAGCUCAGGUGCUGAUCCGAGAGGUGGCCGAGAAGGAGCUGCUGCCGCGGCGCACCGACUGGACCGGGAAGGAGCAUCCCAGGACCUACCAGAAUCUGGUGAAGUAUUACAGACAUUUAGCACCUGAUCAUUUGCUGCAAAUAUGUCAUCGACUAGGACCUCUUCUUGAACAAGAAAUUCCUCAAAGUGUUCCUGGAGUACAAACUUUAUUAGGAGCUGGAAGACAGUCCUUGCUACGCACAAAUAAAAGCUGCAGGCAUGUUGUGUGGAAAGGAUCUGCUCUGGCUGCAUUGCAUUGUGGAAGACCACCUGAGUCGCCAGUUAACUAUGGUAGCCCACCCAGCAUUGCGGAUACUCUGUUUUCAAGGAAGCUGAAUGGGAAGUACAGGCUUGAGCGACUUGUUCCAACUGCAGUAUAUCAGCAUAUGAAAAUGCAUAAACGAAUUCUUGGACACUUGUCGUCAGUGUACUGUGUAACUUUUGAUCGAACUGGCAGACGGAUAUUUACUGGUUCUGAUGACUGUCUUGUGAAAAUCUGGGCAACAGAUGAUGGGAGAUUAUUAGCUACUUUAAGAGGACAUGCUGCUGAAAUAUCAGACAUGGCUGUAAACUAUGAGAAUACCAUGAUAGCAGCUGGAAGUUGUGAUAAAAUGAUCCGAGUCUGGUGUCUUCGAACCUGUGCACCUUUGGCUGUUCUUCAGGGUCACAGUGCAUCUAUUACAUCACUACAGUUCUCACCAUUGUGCAGUGGCUCAAAGAGAUAUCUAUCUUCUACUGGGGCAGAUGGCACUAUUUGUUUUUGGCUCUGGGAUGCUGGAACCCUUAAAAUAAAUCCGAGACCUGCAAAAUUUACAGAGCGCCCUCGGCCUGGAGUUCAAAUGAUCUGUUCUUCUUUUAGUGCUGGUGGAAUGUUUUUGGCCACAGGAAGCACAGAUCAUAUUAUUAGGGUUUAUUUUUUUGGAUCAGGUCAGCCAGAGAAAAUAUCAGAAUUGGAGUUUCAUACUGACAAAGUUGACAGUAUCCAGUUUUCCAACACUAGCAAUAGGUUUGUAAGUGGGAGUCGUGAUGGGACAGCACGUAUUUGGCAAUUUAAACGAAGAGAAUGGAAGAGCAUUUUGUUGGAUAUGGCUACACGUCCAGCAGGCCAUAACCUUCAAGGAAUAGAAGAUAAAAUCACAAAAAUGAAAGUAACUAUGGUAGCUUGGGAUCGACAUGACAAUACAGUUAUAACUGCAGUUAAUAACAUGACUCUAAAAGUUUGGAAUUCUUACACUGGUCAACUAAUUCAUGUCCUGAUGGGUCAUGAAGAUGAGGUAUUUGUUCUUGAGCCACACCCAUUCGAUCCUAGAGUUCUCUUUUCUGCUGGUCAUGAUGGAAAUGUGAUUGUGUGGGAUCUGGCAAGAGGAGUCAAAAUUCGAUCUUAUUUCAACAUGAUUGAAGGCCAAGGACAUGGUGCAGUAUUUGACUGCAAAUGCUCUCCUGAUGGUCAGCAUUUUGCAUGUACAGACUCUCAUGGACAUCUUUUAAUUUUUGGCUUUGGGUCCAGUAGCAAAUAUGACAAGAUAGCAGAUCAGAUGUUCUUUCAUAGUGAUUAUCGGCCCCUUAUUCGAGAUGCCAACAAUUUUGUAUUAGAUGAACAGACUCAGCAAGCACCUCAUCUCAUGCCUCCCCCUUUUCUGGUUGAUGUUGAUGGUAACCCUCAUCCGUCAAGAUAUCAGAGAUUAGUUCCUGGUCGUGAAAAUUGCAGGGAAGAGCAACUUAUCCCUCAGAUGGGAGUAACUUCGUCAGGAUUGAACCAAGUUUUAAGUCAGCAAGCAAACCAGGAGAUUAGCCCACUGGACAGCAUGAUUCAAAGACUGCAACAGGAGCAAGACCUGAGACGUUCUGGUGAAGCAGGUAUCAGUAAUACCAGCCGUUUAAGUAGAGGCUCCGUUAGUUCUACCUCAGAGGUUCAUUCACCACCAAACAUAGGACUAAGGCGUAGCGGACAAAUUGAAGGCGUACGGCAAAUGCACAGCAAUGCCCCAAGAAGUGAAAUAGCCACAGAGCGAGAUCUUGUAGCUUGGAGUCGAAGGGUGGUAGUGCCUGAGCUGUCAGCUGGUGUAGCCAGUAGGCAAGAAGAAUGGAGAACUGCAAAGGGAGAAGAAGAAGUAAAGACUUAUAGGUCAGAAGAGAAAAGAAAACACUUAACUGUUUCAAAAGAGACUAAAAUACCCACUGUUUCAAAGAAUCAUGCUCAUGAACAUUUCCUGGAUCUUGGAGAAUCCAAAAAGCAGCAGGCAAAUCAACACAAUUAUCGUACAAGAUCUGCACUGGAAGAGACUCCUAGACCCUCAGAAGAGAUAGAAAAUGGCACUAGUUCUUCAGAUGAUGGUGAAGUGGUUGCUGUCAGUGGUGGAACAUCUGAAGAAGAAGAGAGAGCAUGGCAUAGUGAUGGCAGUUCUAGCGACUACUCCAGUGAUUACUCUGACUGGACAGCAGAUGCAGGAAUUAACCUGCAGCCACCAAAGAAAAUUCCUAAGCAUAAAACCAAGAAAGCAGAAAGCAGUUCAGAUGAAGAAGAAGAAUCUGAAAAACAGAAGCAAAAACAGAUUAAAAAGGAAAGGAAAAAAAUAAAUGAGGAAAAAGAUGGACCAACAUCACCAAAGAAAAAGAAGCCCAAAGAAAGAAAACAAAAGAGGUUGGCUGUGGGAGAACUAACUGAAAAUGGUUUGACAUUGGAAGAAUGGUUGCCUUCAACAUGGAUUACAGAUACUCUUCCCCGAAGAUGUCCAUUUGUGCCACAGAUGGGUGAUGAGGUUUAUUAUUUCCGACAAGGGCACGAAGCGUAUGUUGAAAUGGCCCGGAAAAAUAAAAUAUAUAGUAUAAAUCCCAAAAAACAGCCCUGGCAUAAGAUGGAACUACGGGAACAAGAACUGAUGAAAAUAGUUGGCAUAAAGUACGAAGUAGGAUUACCUACCCUUUGCUGCCUUAAACUUGCUUUUCUAGACCCUGAUACUGGUAAACUGACUGGCGGAUCAUUUACCAUGAAAUACCAUGAUAUGCCUGAUGUUAUAGAUUUCCUAGUCUUGAGACAACAAUUUGACGACGCAAAAUAUAGGCGGUGGAAUAUAGGUGACCGUUUCAGAUCAGUCAUAGAUGAUGCCUGGUGGUUUGGAACAAUUGAAAGCCAAGAACCUCUUCAACCUGAGUACCCUGAUAGUUUGUUCCAGUGCUAUAAUGUUUGCUGGGACAAUGGAGAUACAGAAAAGAUGAGUCCUUGGGAUAUGGAGCUCAUACCUAAUAACGCUGUAUUUCCUGAAGAGCUAGGUACCAGUGUUCCUUUAACUGAUGUUGAAUGCAGAUCAUUAAUCUAUAAACCUCUUGAUGGAGAAUGGGGUACUAAUCCCAGGGAUGAAGAAUGUGAAAGAAUUGUUGCAGGAAUAAACCAGUUGAUGACAUUAGAUAUUGCUUCAGCAUUUGUUGCCCCUGUGGAUCUGCAAGCCUAUCCCAUGUAUUGCACGGUGGUGGCAUAUCCAACGGAUUUAAGUACAAUUAAGCAAAGACUGGAAAACAGGUUUUACAGGCGGAUUUCUUCCCUCAUGUGGGAAGUUCGAUAUAUAGAGCAUAAUACGCGAACGUUUAAUGAGCCUGGAAGCCCUAUUGUGAAAUCUGCUAAAUUUGUGACUGAUCUUCUUCUACAUUUUAUAAAGGAUCAAACUUGUUAUAACAUAAUUCCACUUUACAAUUCAAUGAAGAAGAAAGUUUUGUCUGACUCUGAGGAAGAAGAGAAAGAUGCUGAUGUGCCAGGAACUUCUACCCGAAAAAGGAAGGACCAUCAGCCUAGAAGAAGAUUACGUAAUAGAGCUCAGUCUUAUGAUAUUCAAGCAUGGAAGAAACAAUGUCAAGAAUUGUUAAAUCUCAUAUUUCAAUGUGAAGAUUCAGAGCCUUUCCGCCAGCCAGUAGAUCUCCUUGAAUAUCCAGACUACAGAGACAUUAUUGACACUCCAAUGGAUUUUGCUACUGUUAGAGAAACUUUAGAGGCUGGGAAUUAUGAGUCACCAAUGGAGUUAUGUAAAGAUGUCAGACUUAUUUUUAGUAAUUCAAAAGCAUAUACACCAAGCAAAAGAUCAAGGAUUUACAGCAUGAGUUUGCGCCUAUCUGCUUUCUUUGAAGAACACAUAAGUUCAGUUUUAUCAGAUUAUAAAUCUGCUCUUCGUUUUCAUAAAAGAAAUACUAUAACCAAAAGGAGGAAGAAAAGAAACAGAAGCAGCUCUAUUUCCAGCAGUGCUGCAUCAAGCCCCGAAAGGAAAAAAAGGAUCUUAAAACCCCAGCUAAAGUCAGAAAUCUCUACCUCUCCAUUCUCUACACCUACACGAUCAAUACCACCACGGCACAAUGCUGCUCAGAUAAAUGGUAAAACAGAAUCUGUGGUUCGAACCAGAAGCAACCGGGUGAUUGUGGAUCCAGUUAUCACUGAGCAACCAUCUACUUCUUCAGCUGCAAAGACUUUCAUUUCAAAAACUAAUACAUCUACAAUGCCAGGGAAAACAAUACUAGAGAAUUCCGUGAAGCAUUCCAAAGCCAUGAAUACUCUUUCAAGUUCUGGUCAAUCCAAUUUUAGUCAUGGCACUAGGAAUAAUUCUGCAAAAGAAAACAUAGAAAAGGAAAAGCCAGUCAAACGUAAAAUGAAGUCAUCUGUACUCUCAAAGACAUCCACUCUUUCAAAGUCAUCAGCUGCCAUUGAGCAAGGAGAUUGUAAAAACAAUGCUCUUGCACCAGGAACCAUUCAAGUAAAUGGCCACGGAGGACAGCCACCAAAACUUGUGAAGAGGGGACCUGGAAGGAAACCUAAGGUAGAAGUUAAUACCAAUAGUGGUGAAGUUACACACAAGAAACGAGGUAGAAAGCCCAAAAAGCUACAAUAUGCAAAGCCAGAAAAUUCAGAGCAAAAUAAUGUGCAUCCCAUCAGAGAUGAAGUGGUUCCUUCUUCAACAUGCAAUUUUCUUUCUGAAACUAAUAUUGUAAAGGAUGAUUUGUUACAGAAAAAGAGUCGUGGAGGCAGAAAACCCAAAAGGAAGAUGAAGACACAAAAACUAGAUUCAGAUCUCAUAGUUCCUGCAAAUGUUAAAGUGCUAAGGAGAAGUAACCGAAAAAAGACUGAUGAUCCUAUAGAUGAGGAAGAAGAGUUUGAAGAACUCAGAGGCUCUGAACCCCACAUGAGAACUCGAAACCAGGGUCGAAGGACAGCUUUCUAUAAUGAGGAUGACUCUGAAGAGGAGCAAAGGCAGCUGUUGUUUGAAGACACCUCUUUGACUUUUGGAACUUCUAGUAGAGGACGAGUCCGAAAGUUGACUGAAAAAGCAAAAGCUAAUUUAAUUGGUUGGUAACUUGUACCAAAAUAUUUUACUUCAAAAUAUAUAAAGCAGGUACAGUUAAGGAAGAAGUAGAACUAAGGCUUCUGCUUCCUUGCUGCUAUGGUGGAUUAGGGAAUGUUACGAUUUGAUUUGCAAAAAAACAAAAACAGACCUUACAAGACACUUCACUUCUUUAAAUGAAUAUAUAUAUAUAUAAAUAUAUACAUAUAUAUUUUAAAUGUUUGCUAUUUAUUGCCCUUAGAUAGGUUAUGCAUUUCCACAUUCAUUUUAUUCACUGUUUCAAACAAAAGAAAUCGAGGACCUGUUAUGAAUUCCUGAUUUAUUUACGGAAAAGACAGUUCUGCUACACUCUUAAGGAGCAUAAUAAUCCUAGUGAUAGAGCAUUUCAUGUUAAAAUGAAUUAUUUUUGACCAAGCAAGGUACAUUUUUAUUGAUACAAAAGUCAUGCCCCUAGGAAGACAGAUGUUACACACAGUAGCAGUAAAUUAAGAAAAGUGUUUCCUCUAAAGGUAAAUAUAAAAUUUCCACCAUUUGAUACUCUAUAAGGUUUAAUUUUAAUUAUAGAAUGUUCAUCUACAAAUUAUCUGGAGGAGGCUUUUGCUUUUUUCCAUUUCUGCCAAACUUAAGAGAAAAUAUACUGAUGGAAACAUAUCCACAUUGGAAAACAUUUGACUGUCUAAUUUUUCAGACCUUGAUUCUUAUAUCAAUCACUCAAUCUCUGUUUAUUGUGCCAAAGACUAAGAAUCAGUGCAGAGGGAAGCCUGUUUUUGACUGUCAGGACAGCAUACACUUUUCAAUAUUGGAAAGACUAUAUAUUCUAAAGAGCAAGUUAUUAAAGAGUUAUGCUGAGAUAUAUCUUUUUUUGGUACUAAUAGUAGAAAAUAAUGCACUGGUGGGUCCUUUGACAGAGAUGUUUUAGAGAAAAUGUUUAAGUGGUUAAAGGAUUCAAGGAAAAUACAGGAAAAAGAGGUAUGGGAUUUGAUGUUUACUAGUUGAUCUGGAUUAAUGUCAUUUCUAAACUUUAGACAUAUCUAAUAGGCUAAAAUGACUUACAAAGAAACGUGUCUGUGUGUGUAUGUGUAUAUAUUGAUAAAUGGGUAAAAUUAAAUAUAUAUACAAACACAUACUUAUAUACUAUUACCCAGGUAUAAAUUCUUUUUUCAGGAUUUUUUAGAUAGCAGUAGAAUAAAAAUAAUUUUAAAAUGUCAUACUUUAUAGUUUAAUUUUAAGGGGAAGAUUGGUUAUUUUCAAUUAUUAAAGGUUAAAAUAGGCCAAAUCACUUUUUAUGCAAUCAUGUUUUAUACAGUGGUCUCAUUGCACAUUGUGUUUUUUCUGCACUUUUUACGGUAUCCUUAUCACGCUGAUAUGUCAAUAUACACCCUAAAGAAAAACUCCAUUUAAUGAUUGUGCCUUGUAUUCUAUUAUUUUUUGCAUCAUUAGUAAAAUUAAGUUGUCUAUUGUAAAUGAUAACUAUAUGACUUAGGAGAAUGUAUUGCUAUAUGUACUGCUAUGGAAAAGGAAAGCAGUUAUUUAUUUGUUUAUGGUACAGUUAUUUUAUACCUUAAAAACCAACAUAAAUAUCAUUUCUGUUGUUUGAAAUUUAUUGUCCAUUUUUUUAAAAGUUUAAAGAAUGUAGUAUUUUCUGAGGACUGGUAAUGGUACAAAAAUGUAACCAAAAUUUUCACAUACUACAUUUUUAAAAGGUGAGAAUGGGGAAAAUAUGUAUCGGCAUGAUCCUGAUGUAGAAAAAUAAAGUCUUUAAUUGAACCUUGGCAAAACACAUUACAUAAUUAUUUCUUUACAUAUUUCUGAUGAGAGUAAAUGUUAACUGUCAUUUGAUUGUCUUGAAGAAAAAUGAAAAGUGAUGCAUUUGGGCUUUUUAGAUUGUUUGUAACAAAAUUUGUACAGAAAUCCUCCUGUGAAAUUAAGUAAACCAUUUUCCAGAUCUUGACUGGAUUGCUGUGAUUUUGCAGUUGAAAAAUAACUUC